AUGUGGCUGACUCUUCUUAUUCAUCAACUUGCCUUGAUCCUUCUGGCCCAAGCUCAGAAUGCCUGCACUGGACACUCCACAUUCAGAAGUCCAGCAAACUCAGACAUCGAAGUCCUCUGUGGCCCUCAGAGGGUGGAAAUGCAGAUCCUCUUGUGUCCCAUCUACUUCAAUGGAUACAACGAGUCGCUGCUGUCCCUCAACUCACAACACUCCAAACACGAAUGUAAAGGUACUCCUGAUUGGUCAGCAAACCCACCUGUUGUCAAAUUCAACUUCUCCAUCACAGAGGAAGCCAUCAAUGCCUGUUCCAGCACGAUGAUAGUCACUCAGGAGACGGGAACCGGAGCGUUUGCUGACUUCUCCAGUGUCCAGCACGUCAACAUCUCAGGCAUGGUCUGCUCAAAGGACCCCAGUGAUGGAGCCAUCACCUAUCACCAGGAGGUGAUGUACAAGUUCUCCUGCCGCUACCCACUGCAGUACCUGGUCAACAAUACUCAGAUGAGCGUGGCCGGGGUCAGUCUGGCAGUCAAAGACAAUAAUGGCAGUUUUGUCAGCACACUGAGCAUGCACCUUUUCUCGGAUCAUGGAUACUCCUCCAUUCUGCGGAUUCCUCAAGGAGGCCUAGAGCUAAAGACUAGGAUCUUUGUAGAAGUGAAGGCAUCUAAUCUCACCAACAGAUUCAAUGUUGUCCUGGACCGAUGUUAUGCUACAACCUCACCUCUCCACGUCAGCACCGCAUCUUAUGAUCUCUUUGUUGGUUGUAACCGGGAUGACCAGACAAUAUUGGGAGUCAAUGGAGUGCAGCAGGAAGCUCGUUUCUCCUUCGAAACUUUCCGCUUCAUUGAACACGCAGUUGAUUCUCACUCCACCUACUACGUUCACUGUGCCACCAGGCUCUGUGUGACAUCCAUCUGCCCCAGCCUCAUUCAGAACUGCACUACCAACACCAACUCAAGGAGGCGCCGCAGUGUCAGUGACAACCAGGACACCACAGUGAGUGACAUGGCCACUGUCAGUUCAGGCCCCAUCACUAUCCGGCUAAAUAAAGGGCAUCUGACAGUACCUGGAGGUGUUCAGAAGACUAAUGUGGACAGUGCUGUGCUGGCUGUUUCAGUCGUGGCAGCCAUUGUUGGAGCUCUCUGCUUUUCUCUGGUGGCUUUCAUUGUUUACCACAUUCACUACUCCAACAUCAGUUUCAACAACAGAAGUCUGUUCACACAAGGGUGA